GCCUACUUCAGUGGAGAAGAGUAUGCCUGAAAGCACAACAUCGUGAAGUUAUGCGUUUUUUGUGCGAUCGGCUGUGCUCACUUAAUGCAGUUGGACUUGCACGCAUCACUCGCAACACAUUCUUCCAAAUAUUUCAAAACACCCUCCAGGACGAUGAUAAGGAUAUGCGGGAAGAGGCUAUGCGCAAACUCAGAUUUCUCCUGGAAAACUGCUGUCCUCAUUUACGCAGCACUAUGCUUAAAAUGGAGAAUUUUAGGGUAAUUACUGACGCAUUCAUCUACGGUCAGAGCGAGAUCUUCGCACUCUUUCUGAAUUAUCUGGAACCAGAAGAGCUGCGACUUACACGCGAAUACAUCGACCGCAUAUACGAUCGCAAAAAAACAGAAGCAACCCGCCAACAGCGCAAAAUUUUGCUACGCCGUCAACAAACUUUCCAGUAGUU